AUGACCACACAACAGCCACCAACGAAGAAAACCAAACCCCCAACAACCCUCGCCAAAGCGCAAACGCCAGCGCCAGCGCAAUCUCUGCAACAACCACAGCCAGAACCACAACACCACACCCCCAAAACACCGACAGACACAACCACAACCACAAUCACAACCAUGACAACCCCCCGCCGCGCCCUCUUCAUAGCCUCAAUCGGCAACCAAAAACCCUACCGCUCAACCCGCCACAGCGCAGGCCACAUCCUCCUCGACGCCCUAACACCCCUCCUCAACACCACGCCAGCCCCUCUGCCCUUCAAUUACUACACAACAUGGUACAGCCCCUCAUUCAUGAACGAGUCCGGCCCAAAACUCGUUCGACAGUUGCAGAGGUGGUUUGAGAAAAUUGAUACCCAGGGCCAGGGUUCGCAGUGGAUUUCUUCAUCUGGGGUUGCUUUGCCGUUGGGUGGAGAUAAGACUCCAACUACGUCUAUUGCUUCUGCUGGUGGCGGCAUGCCCGCUACAUUGGUAAUCCUCCACGACGAACUCGAACAACCACUAGGCAAAAUACGCGUGAAGCGCGGCGGACCUGAGGCAUCGAGUCUUAGGGGUCAUCGGGGGUUGAUUAGUGUUUGUGAGAGUCUUCGGGGGAAGGGGUUAUAUCCUUCUAAGAGCGGGGUUGCUGGUAACGGCAACAACAACGGGAAGGGGAACGGGAAAGGUGGUGUUCGGCGGGAUUUGUCGAUUCUAAGGGUCGGUGUUGGUAUUGGGAGGCCGGAGAGUCGGGGGAAGAAUGCUGUUGCGGAUUAUGUUUUGACGGAGAUGGACGGUAGGGAGAUGGAGGCUGUAAGGAGGGCGGCUGGGCAUGUUGUUGGUGUUUUGGAGGAGGAGAUUGUUUUUGAGGGGUGA